AUGCGCGCCCCUCCGCCCCCGCUCAGCGCCCCGGGCCCCGCGCAGCCGCGGGCGGCGAUGGAGGCGGCGGUGGAGGCGGCGAUGGAGGCAGCGGCGGCGCUGAACGGCAGCGGUCCGGCCGCCCCCCGGCUGCCGGGCGGUGCCGGCGGCGGCAGCGGCACCAACGAGUCGCUGGAGCUGUCGUCGCGACCCCCCGCGCCCGCCGGGCUCAACCCUUGGGACGUGAUGCUCUGCGUCUCCGGCACCGCCAUCGCCUGCGAGAACGCGCUGGUGGUGGCCAUCAUCUGCUCCUCGCCCGCCCUGCGCACCCCCAUGUUCGCGCUGGUGGGCAGCCUGGCCACCGCCGACCUGCUGGCCGGCCUGGGGCUCAUCCUCAACUUCGUGUUCCAGUACGUGGUCCGCUCCGAGACGGUCAGCCUGCUGACGGUGGGCUUCCUCGUCGCCUCCUUCGCCGCCUCCGUCAGCAGCUUGCUGGCCAUCACGGUGGAUCGCUACCUCUCCCUCUACAACGCCCUCACCUACUACUCGGAGCGGACGGUGCUGUGUGUGCACACCAUGCUGGCGGGGGCCUGGGGGGUGUCCCUCUGCCUGGGGCUGCUGCCCGUCCUGGGCUGGAACUGCCUCCACGACCGCAGCGCCUGCAGCGUCGUCAGGCCCUUGACCAAGAGCAACGUGACCCUGCUGUCCGCCUCCUUCUUCCUCGUUUUCCUCAUCAUGCUCCAUCUCUACAUCGAGAUCUGCAAGAUCGUCUGCAGGCAUGCCCACCAGAUAGCCCUCCAGCAGCACUUUCUGACUGCUUCCCACUACGUUGCCACCAAAAAAGGGGUCUCUACCCUGGCCAUCAUCCUGGGGACUUUCGGGGCCAGCUGGCUGCCUUUUGCCAUCUACUGCGUGGUGGGGGACCCCAACUACCCUUCCGUCUACACCUAUGCCACGCUCCUACCUGCCACCUACAACUCCAUGAUCAACCCCAUCAUCUAUGCCUACAGAAACCAGGAGAUCCAGAGGUCCAUGUGGGUGCUGUUCUGUGGCUGCUUUCAGGCUAAAGUGUCCUUUCGCUCCCGGUCCCCCAGUGACGUCUGAGUUGACUUUUUCUCUCUUGUCACACGGCACCCGGUGGCUGGAUCUGCCCCCCCCGAACCAUCACAGUGCCUGUCCUGAGCUCCAAACCACGUCGUGAAAGUCGUCGGAAACAUGGCUUAAGUAUUAGCACUUGAUACACGUUUGUAUCUCCCAGAGUGGUUCAGGGUGCGGAG